AAACUUUGAGAGAGAUUUUUGGUGAAGGUAAAAGUCAGAUUGACUCAUCAUUCAUCUUCAAUUCCUUUACUUUCUCAGGAAUUUUGUUUCAUGGAAUAGAAAUACUCAGCCUUUCCAAGUUUUUUGGCUGCUUUUGGAUUCAACGAAGCUUCCUCCUUUGUCAGUAGAUAGGAUUCGUGCAGAUUCCUCUAUCUGGCAAUUUUCUUUAGAAAUUCCUUCAUUUGCGACAGAGAAGGGAUAUAGUCAUAUUAGUGAUGGACAAGGAAGGGAAGAGUCAGAGAGGGAGUAGAGGAACAGAAAGAGAUUUUGUGUUACAGUGGGGAAGCAAAAAGAAGCACAGGCUUCCUAAAGUGAAGAAAAGUCACGACCUGCCUAACAAAUCUAAAUCAAUUGACAGUUUGGCAAAGAAGAAAAUCACAUCUAGGGUUAACACUGCAGAGAAGGAAUCAGCUUCUCCGCAUCCCCAUCGCGGCAACAAGACCAACUUGCUGAUGAAUAACCAGACAUUGGUGACUUCACCCAAAAAGGAGGAUCGAUACUAUACAACUAGGGGAUCAUUGGGGUUGGAUGAUAAUGGAAAGGCUUUGUUGGAUAUUGUAAAGGAGGAUAAAGGGCCAGUUUGGCCAAAGUUGUUCAUUACAUUGUCAAGCAAAGAGAAGGAAGAGGAUUUCAUGGCAAUGAAAGGAUGUAAACCUCCUCAGAGGCCGAAGAAAAGAACCAAGUUGGUCCAAAGAAGUCUACUUUUGGUAAGUCCAGGUGCAUGGUUAACAGAUUUGUGCCAAGAAAGGUAUGAAGUAAGGAUGAAAAAGACAUCGAAGAAGGUAUUGCAGAGACCAAGAGGAUUGAAGGCAAUGGGAAGUAUUGAGAGUGGCAUUGAAUGAAAAAGAGAGAGAGAGGGAGAGAGGAAACAAAGUGGAAAGAACUAAAAACUUUUGCAGCCAAGGGAGACAACAAAGAUGGAUAUUAUCUUUGAGGAAAGAAGGAAAGUUCAAGGGUCUCUCUUCUUUUGCCUAAUUGAAGUUGGAGAGGAGAUAUAAAAUUUCUUGCUUCUUCUUUGUUGUUUUGUUGGUAAUAUUGUUCAUUCUGGUGCAUGAUUCUUUCUUCCACUUUUAGGUGCAUUCAUUUUAUUCUUUUUUGUUUUCCUGCUGUUGUUCUUUUGCUUUUACUUCAAUUCACAGGUUCUCUGCCACUUCAAAGGCCCCAUUGGGUCAUGUCUAAUACAAGCCACAGAAACAUUACUUGGAUGCA